UUUUAAAGUGACAGUGACGGUUUUACUUGUUUGCCUCGUUGUUGCCGGGGGCUCCGGUAUUUAAUUCUGACUGUCGAGAUUUAACGUCCAAAAACAUUUCACCAGACAAAACCACCACAGACACCACAUCGUCGAUAAAUAUGGCCAGUGCAGAGGGAAGUAGACUUUGGGGAGGUCGUUUCGUGGGAGACACCGAUCCUAUCAUGGACAAGUUCAAUGCAUCCAUCGCUUAUGACCAGAGGAUGUGGGAUGCUGACAUCCGAGGGAGUAAGGCUUAUGUGAAAGCUCUGGAGAAGGCAAAGCUGGUCACCACGGAUGAGAUGAACCAGAUUUUACAUGGGAUGGAUCAGAUUUCGGAAGAGUGGUCUAAAGGUGUUUUUGUUAUCAAACCUGGAGAUGAAGACAUUCAUACUGCCAAUGAGCGCAGGCUAAAGGAGCUGAUUGGUGCACCUGCUGGGAAGCUGCACACUGGUAGGAGCAGGAACGACCAGGUGGUGACUGACAUGAGGCUGUGGUUGCGAGAUGCCAUCUCAACCUUCACAGAAAAUGCCCUACAGCUGAUAUCUACCAUGGUGGAGCGGGCUGCAGUAGAAAUUGAUGUUCUGUUUCCUGGUUAUACCCACAUGCAAAGAGCACAACCAAUAAGAUGGAGCCACUGGAUUCUAAGUCAUGCUGUUGCUCUUAGCAGAGAUGUGGAUCGACUUCAGGAGAUCAAGAAAAGAGUUAAUGUCUUACCUCUCGGCAGUGGUGCCAUUGCUGGAACUCCGCUUGACAUCGACAGGGAGCUACUGCAGAAAGAGUUGGCGUUUGAUAGCAUCAGCAUAAACAGUAUGGAUGCCACGGGCCAAAGAGACUUUGUUGUGGAGUUCUUGUUCUGGUCUUCGUUGUGUUUGACCCACCUCAGUAAGAUGGCUGAGGACCUGAUGCUGUACAGCACAAAGGAGUUCUCCUUCAUCACACUGUCUGAUGCCUACAGCACAGGCAGCAGUCUGAUGCCCCAGAAGAAGAAUGCUGACAGCCUGGAGCUGAUCAGGAGCAAAGCAGGUCGAGUCUUUGGCAGAUGUGCUGGGUUCAUGAUGACACUGAAGGGCCUGCCCAGCACCUACAACAAAGACCUGCAGGAGGACAAGGAGGCCAUGUUUGACUGCUAUGAUACUGUUCAUGCUGUGCUGCAGGUGACAACUGGAGUCAUGUCAACACUCCAGAUCAACCAGAGUGUGAUGGAAGCCGCCCUCAGCCCUGACAUGUUGGCAACUGAUCUGGCCUACUACCUUGUGAAGAAGGGGAUGCCUUUCAGAGAGGCCCAUGGUAUCUCUGGUAAAGCUGUGUUUACGGCUGAAUCCAGAAAUAUCGCCCUGAAUCAACUCACUGUGGAAGACCUGAGUGCUGUUAGCCCUCUGUUUGGAAGUGACGUAUCCUCGGUGUGGGACUACAGGAGCAGUGUGGAGCAGUACAGCGCCCCUGGAGGCACAGCCAAGAGUAGCGUCGUUGCACAGGUGGAACACCUGAGGAACUGGCUUAAGAAACAAGCACAGUGACCUCAACACAAUCACACCUUAAAAAAAUUUGAAUCAGGUUUACUGUCAAAAUUUAGACGAGUAUCAAAUGUCAGACUGAGGUCAAAAUAUCUUAUUUAUGAUUUGCAAACCAUGUUGCCUUCCAAACAUUCUCCUCUCUUCUUUGUACUUGCAUAAAUAACAUAUCAGGUGGAUGAUAUGUAACCUAUAUUUCAUUAUCAUGCACAGAUAUUAAAUGUUACAACGGACCUGACCGGUGUAAAAUAGGUGACAAAAAUAAAUAAAUGGUUCUCAAACAGUAUGGUCGAGC